UCUCCAUCUUCUUGGCUGCCUUCAUAUUUUUCAAAGCAGCAGUGGCAGUAUAGCAUUACAUGCUAGUUUAAUUUGCUACUGCAACAUCAAAUCAGGAACCCAAAAAAAAAAGAUGAUGAAGAGCUUGAGAGGAAGAUUUCUGAGCAAAUACAAAUCCCUCCCAACAAUGGCUUCUCUGAAACAAACCUUUCUCCCUCCCCUAAACCUCCCAACACUCCACGAAUCCUUCGACAACAACAACAACAUCGUCCUCUCCGAGGUUACUAAGGAUGUUUUCCAGGAAGAAUUUCAAGAAUUGGGUUCCAGAAAGACUAAACCUUUAUGCGAAGAAACUCAAGAAACCCAGAAAGAAGAUGAAGAAUCCCCAAUGUUCCCGGAGUUUGAAGAGAAAUGUCCGCCGGGAGGAAAAGAAUCGGUGGUGCUCUACACGACAAGCCUACGAGGAAUCAACAAAACCUUCGAGGACUGCAAAAGAAUCCGGUUUUUACUCGACAGCUUUAAGGUUGUUUACCAGGAGAGAGACGUGUCAAUGCACCUGGAAUACAGGGAGGAGCUCUGGAACAUUCUAGGCGGCGGCAGAGUCAUCCCUCCGAGGUUGUUCAUCAAAGGCAGGCUCAUCGGCGGCGCGGACGAGGUUGUCGGAUUGCACGAGAGAGGAGCUUUGAAAACACUCCUUAAAGGCAUCCCUUUGGUCCCUUCUGUUUCUCCCUGUAAAGGGUGUUUGGGAAUGCGAUUUGUUCUCUGCUUAAAAUGCCAUGGAAGCUGCAAGAUUUCUGUAGAAGAUAAAAUGGAUGAUGUUCCUGUUAGAUGCCCAGAUUGCAAUGAAAAUGGAUUGAUCAAAUGCCCUCUUUGCAACUAGUACUACUAUUCCUCAUCUCUCUCUUCUUAAUCUUGUAAAUAGUUUUUUUUUCUUUUCCUAUUAGUAUUUCUGACUUCUUGUACUAUGUUUCAUGGGUAUUAAUCUAGUAUUUCUGACUUCCUGUUUUAUGUUUUAUAAAAUACUGACUUCCUGUUUUAUGUUUUACAAAACACUAGAAUCUGAUUUUGUACUACAAUUGUUUGUCGCUA